AUUGGAUACAGUAUAUUCCGUGUGUUUUUUAAAUGCCAUAAACUCAAUACGGAUUGUACAUCUACUGUCUUAUUGCAGAUAAUAAUUGAAUUUUGUAUGCAGAUAACUAUGUUUAUGAAUUAUACUCCGUAUAUAGGAGGGAGUUGUAAAACGUCAGAUUCUUAUCUAUAUAAUGAAAAGUCUGAACUCCCAAGUAAUACCGAAAAAGUCUAGUUUUUUUUCUCUCUAAAUAUAUACCCACCCGUGCACAAACGCUCAAGAAAUAGGAGGACCGAAAGCUGUCGCUGGUAUCAUGGCCGGUCGGAGAAUCACGUCAUUUCUCACUCGUUCCUUGAACACUUUUUCCUCUCCUCGUCUGCUCUCCGGCGGUGGGACUUCGAAUUUGUGUGGAAGGAUUCAUAGAUUAAGCACGGCUGCUGCUAUUGAAGAGCCAAUUAAGCCUCCUGUCUCUGUUGAGCACACACAACUCCUCAUCAAUGGACAAUUUGUUGAUUCAGCUUCUGGCAAAACUUUUCCUACCUUAGACCCGAGGACGGGUGAGGUGAUUGCACAUGUUGCCGAAGGGGAAACAGAAGAUAUCAACAGAGCCGUCUCUGCUGCUCGAAAGGCUUUUGAUGAAGGCCCUUGGCCAAAGAUGACUGCAUAUGAAAGAUCAAAAGUAAUGCUGCGAUGUGCUGAUCUGAUUGAGAAGCACAAGGAUGAAAUUGCAGCACUUGAAACUUGGGACAAUGGAAAACCAUUUCUACAAUCUGCUACUACUGAAGUUCCCAUGCUUGUACGCUUAAUCCGCUAUUAUGCUGGAUGGGCCGAUAAAAUUCAUGGUAUGACUGUCCCUGCUGAUGGACAAUAUCAUGUUCAAACUUUGCAUGAGCCAAUUGGUGUUGCUGGACAAAUCAUCCCUUGGAACUUUCCUCUUCUCAUGUUUGCUUGGAAGGUUGGGCCCGCAUUAGCAUGCGGAAAUACCAUUGUUUUGAAGACAGCUGAAAAGACACCUUUGUCUGCUCUCUUUGUUGCAAAGCUCUUCCAUGAGGCUGGACUACCUCCGGGCGUUCUUAAUGUCGUCUCUGGUUUUGGCACCAAAGCUGGUGCUGCUCUCUGCAGUCACAUGGAUGUGGAUAAGCUUGCAUUCACAGGUUCAACGUCAACUGGGAAGGUUGUGCUCGAAUUGGCCGCCAAAAGCAAUCUUAAGCCUGUGACAUUAGAACUUGGUGGAAAAUCACCUUUUAUUGUUUUUGAGGAUGCUGAUGUGGAUAAGGCUGUUGAACUAGCCCACACGGCUCUCUUCUUCAACCAGGGACAAUGUUGCUGUGCUGGGUCUCGGACAUUUGUCCAUGAGAGUCUCUAUGAUGAAUUUGUAGAGAAAGCAAAGGCACGUGCUAUGAAACGUACAGUUGGUGACCCAUUCCAUGCAGAGACAGAACAAGGUCCUCAGGUUGAUUCAGAACAGUUUGAGAAGAUCCUGAAGUACAUUAGAUCAGGAAUUGAUGGUGGAGCUACCCUUGAAGCUGGAGGUGAUAGACAUGGCACUAAGGGCUACUACAUUAAGCCAACAGUUUUCUCCAAUGUUACGGACAACAUGCUGAUAGCUAAGGAUGAGAUAUUUGGUCCUGUGCAAUCAAUCUUGAAAUUCAAGGAUAUUGACGAAGUAAUCAGGAGAGCAAAUGCGUCGAAGUAUGGUCUUGCUGCGGGGGUCUUUACACAAAACAUUGACACUGCAAAUACAAUGAUGAGAGCUUUGAGAGUUGGGACAGUAUGGAUUAAUUGCUUUGAUACAUUUGAUGCUGCCAUCCCUUUUGGAGGGUAUAAGAUGAGUGGGCAUGGAAGGGAGAAGGGAGAAUACAGUCUCAAGAACUACUUACAGGUCAAGGCGGUUGUCACUGCAUUGAAGAACCCCGCUUGGCUAUGACCAUCCUCUUCUCACAUCAAGCUAGGGUUAAUUCAAUAAUGAUUGAUGAUGAAAUAUUGCCUUUUGCUUCAAUAACACUUGUCAUGUUGAGUAUUCGUUAUACUUUUGCUUCUAGUUUAAACAUCCAUUUGCGGUGCUGAACACAUAAAGGUUCGGUUUGUCCAGCAUGUGGAAAUAAUGUAGCUUGUAUUUAUGCUUCAAUAAAUAUCCAUUUGCUCUCUCUCUCUCUCUCUCUCGUUCUAUUUUUUAUAUGUUUAAAUUACACCUGUUAUGACUUUUAUUAGGCAUGAGACUUAGCCAUAUCCUUGUACUGUUUUUCCUUCCUCGGACUACUAACUGUCUUGUCAGUUAACGAUCCCUUGGAAAAGGAGGGGGAGAAGGUGGCAGAGUGGGUGGGAGAAAAGAGGCAAAGGAUGUGGAGAACAAUCAGGUGGUUCAAAAACUGGGGCUUUUUUUGUGGAGGAGCAUAACAGCAGACCAUCAUACAUGGUGGUAGUUGGAACCAAGUAUUACCGGUGGUGCCGCCAACACUUUUGAUGCCGUGGUGGUCGAUUGCCAUGGUCUUUGCCUCGGAUUGCCAUUUGCUGCCAUCGGAAUGUUAGGAGAAUCCUCGUAAAUUCUCAGAAAAUUGCCCCAUGCAAAGUUUGAUGCAAAAUUUGCCGGUGCCAAUCACUGGCAAAUUUUCAGUAAUUUAUUGUCUAAGAGUUA